AUGUUCUCAUUGUUCCGACGAGUUCAUGGACAUUGCAUGCCGUCAUCUCUAUACUUUUCGCGCGUAGACCGCUCUUUGCUUUCAAAGUGUCCGACUUUAGCCAGAAUCGUCCAUGCCCAGCUCGUCAAAGUUGGGUUAAUACCCAAUACCUAUUGGGGAAAUCGCUGUCUUCAGCUCUACUUCAAAUCCGGUGCCGUCAUCGAUGCUUUCCGAUUGUUUGACGAUAUUCUGGAUAAGAACACGAUAACCUGGAACAUAUGCUUGAAGGGUUUAUUACGAAACGGUUAUAUCAAUCACGCACUUGACGUGUUCGACGAAAUGCCUGAACGAGAUGUUGUAAGCUUUAACACAAUGAUUUCAGGGUUGGGUUCUUGUGGGCUUAUGGAAAAUGCGAUCAGGAUUCACUUGGAAAUGCAGAGAUGUAUGAUUGGGCCAACGGAGUUCACGUUUUCGAUACUCGCUUCUCUUGUUUCUUGUGUUCGCCAUGGGGAACAGAUUCAUGGUAAUGUUAUUUGCAGCGGCUUAAGUUUGUCGAAUUUGGUGGUGUGGAAUUCACUGAUGGAUAUGUAUAGAAGGCUAGGAGUUAUCGAUUAUGCACUAUCUGUGUUUUCAAUUAUGGAGGAUAGAGAUGUGAUCUCGUGGAACUCUUUGAUCUCGUGUUGCUCGGAUUAUGGCAAAAAAGAAGUGGCUUUGGAUCUGUUUUGUCUAAUGAGGGAAAUGGGUAAUCAACCGGACGCAUACACGGUCUCAACGGUUUUAUCUGUUUGCUCCGGUUUACGAGACUUGUGCAAGGGUAAGAAGGCUAUUGCUCUUUGCAUCAAGAUGGGAUUUCUUUCUAACACCAUUGUUUCAGGAGCCGCGAUUGACAUGUUUUCAAAAUGCAACAGAUUGGAGGAUUCGGUUAAGCUUUUUCGAGAGUUGGAGAAAUGGGAUUCGGUCUUGUGCAAUUCCUUGGUCGGUAGCUAUUCGUGGCAUGGUUUUGGAGAAGAUGCUCUCAGGCUCUUUAUCCUCGCUAUGAGGCAGAGCGUUAGGCCUGAUAAGUUCACCUUCAGUAGCGUUCUGAGCUCGAUGAAUGUUGUUAUGCUAGAUCAAGGAGCUCAGGUACAUUCUUUGGCUAUCAAGUUAGGGUUUGAACAGGACACGGCAGUAGCCACCUCACUCAUGGAGAUGUACUUCAAAACAGGAUUAGUUGAUUCAGCAAUGGGAAUGUUUGCCACAACAGAUGAAAAAGAUUUGUUCUUUUGGAACACCGUGAUAAUGGGUUUAGCAAGAAACAACUUAGCAGCUGAGUCCCUUGCCAUUUUUCAUCAAUUGUUGAUAGACAGAGCUCUGAAACCGGAUAGAGUGACUUUAAUGGGUGUCUUGGUAGCAUGUUGUUACGCUGGCUUUGUUAAUGAAGGAAUUCAGAUAUUCUCUUCAAUAGGAAAGACUUAUGGAGUUAAUCCUUGUAAUGAACAUUACGCCUGUAUAAUCGAAUUGCUAUGCAGAGCCGGUAUGAUCAACGAAGCAAUAGAUAUCGCAAAGAAGAUGCCUUUUGAACCAAGCUCUCAUAUCUGGGAACCGAUUAUCUGUGCAUCUCUGGAUCUCGGAUACACGAGACUCGCUGAGACAGUAGCAGACAUAAUGUUGGGAUCUGAACCAGAGUCGUCGUUUCCUUAUCGGGUUCUGAUUAAGUUAUACGAGAUGACUUGGCGCUGGGAGAAUUCAGUGAGGAUAAGAUACGCCAUGAAUAAACAUAACUUGAAAUGCGCUCAGGGAUCGAGCAAGAUCGGUAUAAAGAGUAGUGUGUACAUCUUCGAGGAUGACCAGUUGCAGAUUCAUGGAGGUUAUGAUACUUGCGCAACCUUGGAAUUACUGUCUUGGGAUUCUGACGAUCAGAAACUUCAUUGGUCUGAAGAACAUUUUUACUAA